AUGUCGCACUCUCACGACGGCGUCUCGCAUUCCCACGACGGCUUCAAUGCUCAAGAGCACGGCCACUCUCACGAGAUCCUCGAUGGCCCCGGCAGCUACAUCGGACGCGAGAUGCCCAUCGUCGAGGGCCGCAACUGGGCAGACCGCGCAUUCACCAUUGGCAUUGGCGGCCCUGUUGGCUCAGGCAAGACCGCCCUGAUGCUGGCCCUCUGCCUCGCCCUCCGUGACAGAUUCUCCCUCGCAGCCGUCACAAACGACAUCUUCACCCGAGAAGACGCCGAGUUCCUGACCCGCCACGCUGCUCUCCCCCCUCAGCGCAUCCGCGCCAUUGAAACCGGCGGCUGUCCCCACGCCGCCGUCCGCGAGGACAUUUCCGCCAACCUCGCCGCGCUGGAAGACCUCCAUGCGGAAUUCGACACGGAUCUGCUGCUCAUCGAAUCGGGAGGCGACAACCUGGCUGCCAACUACAGCCGCGAGCUGGCGGACUUUAUCAUCUACGUCAUUGACGUGAGCGGCGGCGACAAGGUUCCGCGGAAGGGGGGCCCUGGCAUCACGCAGAGCGACUUGCUGGUGGUGAACAAGACGGAUUUGGCGGAGGCGGUGGGUGCUGAUUUGGGGGUUAUGGAGAGGGAUGCGAGGAAGAUGCGGGAGGGGGGCCCGACGGUGUUUGCGCAGGUGAAGAAGGGAGUGGGCGUGGAGCACAUUGUGAAUCUGAUUCUGAGCUCGUGGAAGGCGAGUGGUGCUGAGGAGGAGAGGAGGAGUCGGGGAGGGCCGAGGGCGACGGAGGGGAUUGAGGGGUUGAAGAGGGAGGCCUAG